AAACUUUCCGUCCCGCUCGCUCCCUCCUCCGCGCCCGGCGCCUCUCGCUCCAGCCCGGCUCAUUCCGCACAUUCCGGCCAGUCCCCUCCCCACGACCCCCCCUUUCCCGGCCCCCCUCUCGGCUCCCUCGGGCCCGGCGAAGCGGCCCGGCCGGAGCGCCCCCAGGAGCUCGGACCAGGCUCAGGCUGCCCAGUGGGCUCAGGCCCCGAGCCCAGAGCAACCAGCACAAUAGCGUCCAACAGCUGGAACGCCAGCAGCAGCCCCGGGGAGGCCCGGGAGGAUGGGCCCGAGGGCCUGGACAAGGGGCUGGACAACGAUGCGGAGGGCGUGUGGAGCCCGGACAUCGAGCAGAGCUUCCAGGAGGCCCUGGCCAUCUACCCGCCCUGUGGCCGCCGCAAGAUCAUCCUGUCGGACGAGGGCAAGAUGUACGGCCGAAAUGAGUUGAUCGCACGAUAUAUUAAAUUGAGGACGGGGAAGACUCGGACGAGAAAACAGGUGUCCAGCCACAUACAGGUUCUAGCUCGGAAGAAGGUGCGGGAGUACCAGGUUGGCAUCAAGGCCAUGAACCUGGACCAGGUGUCCAAGGACAAAGCCCUCCAGAGCAUGGCGUCCAUGUCCUCUGCCCAGAUCGUCUCUGCCAGCGUCCUACAGAACAAGUUCAGCCCACCCUCCCCUCUGCCGCAGGCCGUCUUCUCCACCUCCUCACGGUUCUGGAGCAGCCCCCCUCUCCUGGGACAGCAGCCUGGACCCUCUCAGGACAUCAAGCCCUUUGCACAGCCAGCCUACCCCAUCCAGCCGCCCCUGCCACCAGCACUCAGCAGUUACGAGCCCCUGGCCCCGCUCCCCUCAGCUGCCGCCUCCGUGCCCGUGUGGCAGGACCGCACCAUCGCCUCCUCCCGGCUGCGCCUCCUGGAGUAUUCCGCCUUCAUGGAGGUGCAGCGAGACCCUGACACGUACAGCAAACACCUCUUUGUGCACAUCGGCCAGACGAACCCCGCCUUCUCAGACCCGCCGCUCGAGGCAGUUGACGUGCGGCAGAUCUAUGACAAGUUCCCAGAGAAAAAGGGUGGCCUGAAGGAGCUCUAUGAGAAGGGGCCCCCUAACGCCUUCUUCCUGGUCAAGUUCUGGGCCGACCUCAACAGCACCAUCCAAGAGGGCCCCGGCGCCUUCUAUGGAGUCAGCUCCCAGUACAGCUCGGCGGACAGCAUGACCAUCAGCGUCUCCACCAAGGUGUGCUCCUUCGGCAAGCAGGUGGUGGAGAAGGUGGAGACCGAGUACGCCAGGCUGGAGAACGGGCGCUUUGUGUACCGCAUCCACCGCUCACCCAUGUGCGAGUACAUGAUCAACUUCAUCCACAAGCUGAAGCACCUGCCCGAGAAGUACAUGAUGAACAGUGUCCUGGAGAACUUCACCAUCCUGCAGGUGGUUACAAGCCGGGACUCCCAGGAGACCCUCCUCGUCAUCGCUUUCGUCUUCGAAGUCUCCACCAGUGAGCAUGGGGCCCAGCACCAUGUCUACAAGCUGGUCAAAGACUAGGGCGCCCUCUGCCCCCACCACCAGGAUCCAGGAUGAGCAUCUUUUCCACACACCUGCCUGGUACCCCCAGGGGUCCAGGAUGGAGGACUCAUCUGCCUGCCAGGCCUCAGGCCCAGGACCCAGGAGGCCUCCCCACCUACCCCCAGCACACACACUCCCUGCCACUGUUCUGCGCUUUAUUUGUGGGAGAGGAGAGGAGGCCUCAGCGGUGGGGUAGGCUGCCUAGGGCAAGGAAGCAGCCCCACCCAGCUCUGCCCAGCCAUGACCAGAUGGGAGGACAACUUCUGGCUCUAGAGCGGGUGGCCACAGGCCCCUUAGGGGUGUGUGAUGGAUGGGUGGAGGUAGGAUGGAAACUGAGGGAGUCAGAAUUCAGAGAACCCCCCCAGAAGAAAAGCUCAAGUUGAGGUUGAGUUGAGGGGCCCACACUUCCUUUGCACCUACUGUGUGCCAGGCCUGGUGUCACUCCCCUCCAUGCCUCUUACCACCCUCAAAUCUCACAGAGCAAGUGUGGGUCUUAGUGUCUCAGAUGAGGUGCUGAAGCUCCAGGAAGUUGAGGGACCUGAGGGAGGGGUGGGUGGAGCUGGAGUUCUCACUCAGGGCCCAGGUUUUUGCUAACUCCCUCGAGUGGGGGCUGGUCCCAGCUAACUCCCGGGAGAGGGCUGGAACAGAGACAGCAUGAUGCAGUGAAGAGCAGAGCUUUCUUGGGGCCAGCUGGCUGGGGACCCCGACACUGGGGAGUAGCUGUUUCUACCAGGCAGGUACUCGGUACCUAGUUGGCACCCUCUGUCUACCUGUAGUCCAGCCAGAGGCCUCAGGGGUCCAGAUUGGGUGCCAGGCCACCCAGACCCCUCCUGAUGGGAGGAGGCCCUGGGGCAGACCUCAACUCAAAAAUAGGCCAGAUGGUCAGGGAGGAAGACCUUGCCCCAGCCCGAGAGAACAGUGCCCACUGGGUUUCCCUGGCUGAAGCGGCAGCCCCGCGCACCCAAUUCUGGUGCUGAAGGUUAUCCUUCCCGACACCCAGGCCCCUCGACGGCUCGGCCUGCCCCCCCCCCAGCUGCCUCUGGAUAUUUAUGAGUUUCAUAUGAAGUACUGUGCCCCUUCCUUUCCCUGCUCCCUUCCCCACCCACCCUGCCUCACCCUGAGCUUCCUGAAGGUCCUCACAGUUUGCAUAUCGCUCAGGCCACCUCCAAUCCCAACCUAGGUUUUAUAAUGUAUAUUAUAUAUUUUUUGUGUAUUUUUUAAAUCCAGCUGUGAUGGGUUAUCAUAAAUGUGGCACGUGGCUGGGCAGGGGCCCCCAAGGCUCGGCUCCUGCUCAAGGGGAAAAAAAUUAAAGUUAUUUG